CCUCCCUGUCCGACUCGGCUGCUGUCUCGGGCCGCUAGCUCACCUCUCGUCUCCUCGGGAAGCCGAAGACCACCGACUCGAAGUGCCAAACAUGGAAGGCGACAACAUAAUAUUGUCCGCUUGACUCGGGGGAGAUUUUCCAAGAUGCCAGCUUUUUUUUCCAGUCCUGGGAGUCUGACAGUCAUCUGUUUUUUAUCUUGGUCACUGUGUCUCAGUGCUGCUCAGAUUUGGAACAAUAAAGUUUUGGACGUGCAGUACGGGCGCUUGGACUCUAAUGUGACACUGGCAUGUGGGAAGUCACAAAUUAAAAUACCAGUGGUGUGGCAUCUCAAUGACAGCCCAACGUUACCAUGGCACGAAGUAACAUCAAAUGGAUCCUUAGUCCUGCUGCACGUCAACCUUUCAGCCCAGGGCAACUACAGUUGCUAUGAUAACCAGGGGCUCCUCCUUCACUCCAUCAAACUCAAACUUGGCUAUCCUCCUGGGCUGCUGAGCAUUUCCUGUCAAGUUCCCAAUCACGCUCAUGUUCACUGCUCCUGGGUGGAAUCAGUGAAGACCUUUCUUCCCGUCGAGUAUAACGCCUCCCUCAGGGGGACGGGCUCUGAGUGGCAGCCUUGCCUGGUGGACGCAAUCCACGAGUACUGUGACGUCAGGCCUCCAUACUUCUGGCAGACGAUUCACACCCUUAAAAUUACGGCCACCAAUGCCCUUGGGUCAGAGACAACAUUUGCCCAAUUUAAGUUAGAUAAGCUCUUGAAACCUGACCCUCCAGAGUCAGUGUCAGUAAAUGAAGUGGAAGGUUAUCCACAGAGGCUGAAUAUCUCAUGGAACUUUCCCUCCACGUGGCCAGAACAUGAUGCUUUCCCCCUAGUGUUUCACAUAAGAUACAGGCCACAUGGAUCGCUAUACUGGUCGGAGGUGUACUCUGAAGAGAGUCAAACUGUGAUUUUUGAUGCCUUGGCCGGCCACCUUCACCAGGUUCAAGUCCGAGCGAGGGAUGAACUGGACGCUGAGAGCAAGUGGAGUGACUGGAGUCCUCUGCAUUAUGCCAGGCCCUGGGAAGAUUCCGCCACAUCUGGACCUCCAGAGGAUCAUUUUCCAGACUAUUUUUUUCCCUUCGACACCAAGCCAGAAACCUCAACUUCAAAGUCACACAAGCCAGUUGUGCCGGAUGACGGUAAUUUGGGAUUGGUGAUUCUGCUGGUUCUGUUCGCCGUGGUUAUCAUAGGGACUGUCCUUUCCCUCAUCUUUGUGGUGUGGCUGAGGCAGAGGCGGCGUGAACAUGCGACCAAACAGGAGCUCAGCUCGAUGGUCAAAAUGAAGUCCAUGCCAGUUUGAUGUCAAUGUCAGACAUCAUCUACUCCUCAGCCUGUUCUAGGGCUCGUCUGAAGAGUCAGCAUUCAUGACAGCUUGCUGACCUUCCGUAUCCAACUACAAUAAACGAACCGGAAUCCAUUUAAGAUCUAUGGUGACGCAAACAAUCCCACUCGAAUCCCCCUAUAUAACGAUAGGAUGGAAGACUGUCACUUGUCACAUCGAUAUACGUUUCCCGUAAUUCCUUUCAGGUUGUUUUGGAAGUGAUUUUGCUGCACAGUUUCAUGUGUCCGUUUUUAGCAGAAAGACUCAAUGCUGUGAAUGAGUCGCACCUUUUAUCUGGCAGCAUUGAAGUGUCAAGUGUAAAUCAAGAGGCCUGAAGAAGGGCAGCUGAGAUAAAGUUAGGCAACUUGAGAUGUAAGCACUUCAUGUACUUUUUAAUUUUUUUUUUUUGUACGAUUGUAUGGUUACGUCCCCCCGAAUGCCUCUUUGUAUUCAUCCAUCCACAGAGGGCGUGUAAGCGUAUUUUACACUUGGGUAAAACAGUAAUAGAAACUCGAUAAAGGCCUUUUCACAAAUCACCAGCAUUAUGACAACAGAUCCAGAUGUAGGAAAAUGUCAGUUAUUUUUGAGAGUCGGUUCACGCUGAGUCGGAUUAUUCAUUGUAAAGUGCAGCUUCGUGUCUUUUAUCAAACAAACACAAAAUAAUUAUUAUUGACUGAAUUUAGAGUUCUAAAUGUGUCCCUGUUGAUUUUCAGCACUUAAUGUAGCAAGUUAGAUUUAGACUUUUCCCGUUCUGGUCAACAAUUCCGAGGCGUUGUGUGUUUGAAUGUUGUUACAAAGGUGCCUUUUUAAGGGUUUAGGUAUUUGGAAAAGAGUGGUCCUUCGGGAAAGUCUUACAGAAGGUACCUUUGGCUCUAAAUGGGGUUGAACAAGUAGCGUGUACUUUUACGCUUGAGAAGGAUUUUGUAAGAAUAGUUACACAUUGGGAGUAAUGCAAAAUAAAUGUGGCAAAAUCUCA